UGAGGACGAUUUACCGGCAGCAGGAGGACUGCUGAGGACGAGGAAGUGAAAGUAAAAGUGGACUGUUUCCUGGUUCAGACGGACCAUUCCGGCCCGACAUGAGCUCUUUACAGUUUAACGCGGUUCUGCUGGACAUUUCCAACCGACUCUCACCCGAUGAGCUCCACAAUCUCAAGUUCCUGGAGCGGGAUAUCGGGAAACGAGAGCUGGAGAAGGUGAACACCGGCCUGAAGCUGUUCCAGAUCCUGAUGCAGAGAGGCAAGCUGUCAGCCGACAACACGCAACAUCUGUCCCAGCUGCUCGCACUCAUCAAGCGACAAGACCUCAUAGGCAAACUCAACGACUUUGAAAGUCCGUCUGAACCCACCGAGAACCAGCCGGAGCCUGCGGAGAGAGACAAACUGGACGCUGCCGCGGAGGUGAUUGCAGAAAAUCUGGGAAGGAAUUGGCGUAAACUGGGCCGCAAACUAGGCCUCACCGAUGUCAAGCUUGAGUCUGUCUCCAAGAAGCAUCCCACAGACCUGGAAGAGACGACACUGGAGCUGCUGAAGGAGUGGAGGAAGAGUAAAAGAGCUGAUGCCACGACAGAGAACCUGAUAGCUGCUUUGAGGGCCUGCCAGCAAAAUCUGACUGCUGAUAAAGUGGAAGACAGACUGAAAGCCCUUGAAAAUUGAUCGAGAUUAACAGAUCUGAUUAGACUGAAAUUAUUGCUGGGGGAAAAAAAAAAAGACUGCUCUGACUUACAGGAAUCAGCCAUCAACAAAUCUAUAUAUAUUUUUAUGUAUAUAUAUUAAAUGAAGCACAAAAAUCAUGUGUGUUGAGGUGAACAAAUCGACUCCUGAAUGUGAUAAAACACACACCAUAGAAAGCAAAAUGCCUUAUUGCUCUUCAGUGUCAGCUCCUGUUCAUCAUGACUUAUUGACUUAAGCUUAAAUCUGAAGAUUAAAACAAAAUAUGAACUUCUGAUUUAUCAAAUAAAGAAUGUACAACUGAAAA